AUGGAGGCCAAUCCAAUAACAACGAUACCAAACUUGCCACCACUUAAAUUACCCUCUACCUCACAAACCACAGAUCUCCAACAUCUACAUGCACUGCUGCACCUCUUACAUCAUCGAAACCACAAUCAACAUCGUCGGAGCACAUGGUACCGUCACUUCAACAUCUUCCGUCGCCAUCUCGCGACCGUCCUGACACAUUUGUCUACACUCGCUCACGUUCCUACCACACACCUCGCUCGCCAUAAGAAGAAAGCCGAGGACGAGGCUUUGAGAUUGAGGAUACAGCAGACUUUGGCUUUCUGGCGUGAUGUCUUGGUGCCAAAGUCACAGCAUGCUUUUGGGCAGUUGAUAGCGGAUGGAAGAUUUGCAGUGUUGGGUGUGGUGCUCAUGGCAGUGCUGGGCAAUGUUUGUAGGGUGUUUGGCCUGGUUGGUGUGUACGAGGAGCUAGGUGAGGAGGAGACAAGAAGGGCGCUUGAAGAGUUUGCUGCUGAGGGUUGGGGUGAGGACGAAGGGCUAGGUGUUCUUGUACCACGAGAAGGCGAGAAGAGAGAGGAUCUUGGCGAAGUCCUUGUGAGAGAUGACGAGGAUGAUGAGCCCGAGACAAAUGCCAGGAAGACAGAGAAGGAGCUGAGGCAGUCCGAAAGUGGCUGUUUGGCUCCCGAACGUGAUAUGUUGGAGCAGAGUCGGAAGGCACUGAAAGCCAUCGCCACGAGCACACCUCUCUUGUUUCCGAGUGAUUCAGACACGCCUCCACCAAGAAAGAAGACCACAAAAAAGCUCAAGCCUACAGAUCCGAUCAGCAGGCAAAGGCCUACCAAGAUCCUCCCUGCGGUCAACUGGGACGACAACUCGACUACGCCGCUACCUAAACCGUCGUCAAAGGCCUCAUCGAUGACCUCAGAACCAGUCACCUCAGUGCCAACGACAAGCUCAAAGCUCAAGACAAAGAGGCCCAAACAGAAGGAAGAUGAAGCUUGUACCGGUGCUGCAAAGCCAGUCAAGAAGAAGAGAAAGAAGAAUGCAAUCGACGAUCUUUUUGCCGGUCUGUAA